CUGGCAGAUCACGUGAGGCCGACUUGCUGUUUCCCGCGGGUGGAAUCCACGUGUGUGCUCUGUACAUGGGGAUCGGAGCCGAGGCUGGAGCAGAGACAAUGUUCACAUCAAAACUGCUCACACUUGUCCUCGUUGUCCAGCCCCCAAGAAUACUGUUGGGCAUGAAGAAACGUGGUUUUGGUGCUGGCCGAUGGAAUGGGUUUGGUGGCAAAUUGCAGGCUGGAGAGACAAUUGAACAAGCUGCAAAAAGGGAACUCUGGGAAGAAAGCGGUCUAACUGUUGACACACUACAGAAAAUCGGUGAGAUAAAAUUUGAAUUUGUAGGCAACACUGAGAUUUUGGAUGUCCACGUGUUCCGAGCAGAUUCUUUUCAAGGAGAACCAGUUGAAAGUGAAGAAAUGCGGCCUCAGUGGUUUCCUCUGGAGAAGAUCCCCUUUGACAGUAUGUGGCCAGAUGAUAUCAUUUGGUUGCCCCUUUUGCUACAGAAGAAGAAGAAUUUCAAGGAUACUUCAAGUUUGAGGGUCAUGACAAAAUCCUAAACUACACCAUACAACAAGUGGAAGAUAUAUGA